AUGAAGAUGCUGACUGUGUUUGCACUUCUUUGUGUCGGGAUGGCUCUGACUGGAGCUGCUGCUGUUCCAGAGGAGGAAAAAGAGACGACUCAGGAUCAAGUAGAGGAGAGCGUCCUCUUCAAAAGGUCCUCCUGCUCUGGUCGUUGGUCUGAGUUCAAUGGGCGUUGUUUCAGAUUUUCCCCAAAACGCAUGACCUGGGCUAAAGCUGAGAGGAGAUGUCUGUCGAUGGGUGGGAACCUCGCAUCGGUGCAUAGCACUGAAGAGUACCAUGCCAUUCAACACCUCAUCAUGACCACCAGUUAUGACUACAGAGAAGCAUGGAUCGGAGGCUCCGACGCCCAACAGGAGGGGUUUUGGCUGUGGACCGAUGGUUCCCCUUUCAGCUACGUGAACUGGUGUCCCGGAGAGCCAAACAACCUAGGUCGCUACCAGCACUGUCUGCAGAUGAACUUUGGAGGUGGAAAGUGCUGGGAUGAUCUCUCAUGUGGUGAACAUCGCCCUUUUGCCUGUGCCAAGAACAUCUGAUCAUCCUUUGGCUGAUGAAACUGAAAGAAGAAAACGCCACAACAACAAACAUCUGCUAUUCUGAUAUUCUCAUAUCUGUCUUUUAACCAUUGCUGUAACGCGACCCAAGGAAUGAAGCGACAAGCAAAA